AUGGGUCGAAGAAAGAUUGAGAUCAAGGCCAUCAGAGAUGACCGCAAUCGCUCCGUGACCUUUCUCAAGCGAAAGGGCGGCCUAUUCAAGAAGGCACACGAGCUCUCUGUCCUGUGCUCCGUCGAUGUCGCUGUUUUCAUCUUUGGCAACAACAAAAAGCUAUAUGAAUACUCUUCAGCAGAUAUGCAGCAUCUCAUCACCAAGUACCAAUAUCACGGCGGUCCUAAUGAGCACAAGGGUCCCGCCGACUUUAACGGCGGCGGAAACGACGACGACGAUGAUGAGGACGGUGACGGAACGCCUCCUCGAGGCCCUGACGGAAUGGAAGCUCACAUGAUGCCUCCUCACUUCCAGGGCCAACCUCAGUCUUUCCCUCCUCAUAUCCGCCAUCAGACAGCCUCAGUGUCGCCUCCCAUUCCCAAUGGUGUGCCUUUCCAGGGCCAUCCUGCUCACCUUCAACGAAGCCACACGCCGCAACCUGCCGUCCCAUCACGGCCCGGCUCGAGAGGAGAUAUGCGGCGCAUGGGUCCCGGCAUGAUGUCCCAGCCCGUCGGCCCCCAUGGACCUCACCCGGGUAUAACGUACAUGCCUACGCCCCCCAUCUACAACCCUUCUGCUGGUAACCAUUCCAACUUGAUGCCGCCCCAGCCUGGUCCUUAUCCAUAUCAACCACCACAGCAGCAGCAGCAGCAGCCAUAUAUGGAAGAACGAAGACCAUCUGCACCCCCCACCUUCAAUGCUCAUCCGCCUCCUCAGCCCCUGGCAGCAGGCUCACGCCCAGAGCCAUCUCCUCCUCAGCCGCCUCAUCAACUAGUCCCCCCGCAUUCCAUUCCCCCUCACAUGACUUCACCGCAGCCAUCACGACGUCCCCUGGAUCCGCAACCUCCCCCACCCGUCGAACCAAAGGCAGAAGCUUCCGAGCGGCCCAAGGCGCCUCUAAUUAACACGGACACCGCGAUCAAGAAGCUGUCUCAGCGCAAAUCUCACAGUAUCUUCACGCCGAUCGAGGAAAACCGGUCAAUCUUAUCUCAGCAUUUGGCGUCUUUUGCUUCCGAACCUCAGUCUCAAGCAAAUGCGAACCGGUCUCAGUCGGCUGAUAAUGGACCCAUCAUACGAAAUGGAGAAUCAUCAUCUUCGCCGCACCUACAACAACGAUCCAAUUUGCGCAAUACGUCGAUAUCCUCUCUCCCCGAUACUCCAAAUACCGCCAGUCUAAAGAUCAACACAGCUGUGGGAGGCGCACGGCCGAAACCGCCGCGGCUUACCGUCCAGAUUCCGGAUGGGGCGUCCGAAGCUGGUGGCAGUGCAACAGGCGACUCGAACUCCCCUCGGAAUCCAGCAGACGCCGUCUCCCACGCACAGCAUCGGCAUGGCACCGUAGUCCUCCCACCCCCUUCUCCAUCUGCCACCACACUGCUCUCGGCCGGAGCUACAGGCCCCCCUAAUCCUUUUGCUCGCCCAGUCCCACAGCAGAAUAUCAAUGGUGACACGCCCGUUUCUGCUCUCCCGUCUCGCUUCCUAAAUAACGAGCUGCUGCCAAGUCCCAGCAGUUUCUAUCCAGAGUGGAACUUUAGAGGAAGUGACAACAACACGCUGCCCAGCCCUCUAAACUUUGCUACACCCGUGGUAGGCUCGGGGCCGAGUUUCCUACGGGACGAUACCCACAUCCCAGGUGGCAGCGGCGGGAAUGCUGAGGCAGGUAGCAGCAACCUUGGCGGCUCGACACAGCCGUCGGGGUUGGCAAAACGAAAGAGUCCGGAGCUUGAAGCGAUUGGCCCUGAUGAGAACCAUGACAUGGCUAGCGACCCCAAACGCUUGAAAGUGGACCGAUAG